AGCUUCGGUUCGGCCAAAGCCAUGGGCGUUUUUUGCCGAAUCAUUGGUUUCGGCAAAAAAAUGGACAUUACUAAGCUGGCAUUCGACUGAGGAAGACAUUUUUUAAACGUUCACACGUUGUCUGUUUUCCGAAUAAAACGUAGUUGAACGUUCAAAAUUCUUCUUUUUCUUUUCUUCUUCUGAGAAAUUUAAAUAAGCCUCUGAUCUAUACAGUUGUGAAGAUUAAAUGAAUCCAGCAACGGCUUUUGGAGGUGGCAAGGCCGUGUGUAGGGCGGCCAAAAACGGCACGAUAGCGGAUAGAAAGUAAAGUUACUUAAUGAAACACAUUGAUUUUUUUAUAAUCACUCAAUAUAAGCUGAUUUAAACUGUAACAUUAUAGUAAACUUUAUAUAAUUAAAUACCAUAACCCUAAUAUUUAGUUAUGAUCACUCGAGCUUAGCAAUAAAAUUUAUUUAUGCAUUAGUUGGUAGUAAAAUAAUGAAAAAUUAUUAAAAUUUAAUUUUUUUAGCAUUUAGUUAUUAGUUAGCAUCAACUUCUAAAAUCCGAGUUAUGUUAAAUUAUAUAUUUUUUAAUAUUAAAUUAAAAUUAAAAAUUAAACCUGGAAAUAAAUCUUCAUUUAAAAUUACUUAGAUGUAACUAAAACAUAGCGCACGAGAGUUAAGAGAGUUAACUAUUCUCGAAAUUUUUAAAAAUCUAUACAAUAAGUUAAUUUUAACGCACGAAACAAUUUUUAUUCAGAAAGUUUGUUUUACUAAGUCACAGACAGAACACAGAAAGACACUACACAGAAAGACACUACACAGAAAAGACACUACACAGAAAAGACACUACACAGAAAAGCACAAUUGAAAUGUAAGUCAAUUGCGUUUGUUUUUGAUUUUGUACGCUGGAUCAUUAGUAAAAGUAAAUAUACCUGCUCUACAAAUAUAGGUUAAUUGGUUAUUUACGACUUCAAUAUUUUUUAAUUCAAAUAAUAUUUGAAUCAAAAAAUUGAACGAAUAUUGUUUAUUUCAAUAAAUAUUAUUAAAGGUAAGAAAAUAAUUAAACUUUCUAUUUCAAUUUUCAGAAUUGUUAUUAUAACUUUAAGUUAUCCAUUAGCGCAUUAUGGCUACCUCAUCGCGAAGUAAAAAUCCCUUAUGGAAUUAUUUUAAAGUGAGUGAUGAAGAUGUUGGCAAAGCCAUCUGCAUACUUUGCAAGAAGAUUUUGUCUAGAGGAAGUAAAGACGCACACAACAUGUCAACAACAAAUUUACAAAACCAUCUGAAAAAAGUAUAUUACAAUAUACAUAGCAUGAUUCUUUCUCAGAAGAAAAUUAUUAACCACGAAUCUUUACCAAAUCCAAAUGAAAAGUCUAUAAAACAAUUUUGCACUACUCGAACAAUAUGCUCAGAUAGAACAAGCUCUGCUGAAUCAGUGCAAAUCAUUACCAGCACUGCCACAGAUGAAACGCAGGGAAGCUCGCGUGUGUCUAAUAACACAAUUGCCUUUUUUCAAAAAGCAUCGACACAGGUCUCACUGCGGGAGAUUUUGCAAAGAAAAGAAUUGUGGCAACUUGAUAAUCCUAAGGCUCAAGCUAUUACCAAGCUUAUUGGAGAAAUGAUAUGUUUAGACUUGCAGCCAUACUGUAUUGUUGAAGAUAAAGGUUUUACCUGA